AUGUCUUUACCACCUGAUAUCACGGACCACAGCGAUUGGACAGUGAUUUAUGAUGAUGACGAUGGCAAGAAAGAAGACCAAUUGUCUCACAACAGACAAACCCUCGCAAGGACGUUGUCGAUCCCCAAGACUAUGUGCAUUCUGUCCGACACGAAAACCGAGAUAUCAACGGUAGCCGAGCUACCCUCGCCGAAGCUGAAGCUACCCAAACUAGGAGACGACUCAGCCGAAAGAAUCUUUCCAAUUCGCUCAGCUCUUUCAUUCGACUCGGUCCCUUCCUCAGCACUGCCAACUCCUGCUAUUGAGAAACUCGAAACACCAAUAUCACCCUUCUCGGAUACAUGGACUGGCAACUUCGGCAACGAAAAGGCUAGCUUUCAGCCGACAAUCGCUGCUGUAAAGGAAAACAGCGACCAGGAAAUUCUCAAGCGACCAGAUUCUCUUGCAAAACUGCAUCAAAAAAGCGACUGUGAGGCUGGUUAUUCAUCAACAUGCAAGAAACAAGAUCGAGACGACGAGCAUUCCUUGGAUGAUCCCACUAAACCUCAUGCAUUCAGAAUGAAUGAACCAAGCGCCAAUGCCUUGAGACAAUUGCAAAACACCGUAGAAAGUGGAGGCGAUGUUCUUGGUGCUUACAGGCCCACAAAUGGGCUACAAUACUCGAAACAAGAUGAAGAAGCCGUCGCCAUCCAGUCCUUUGGCGUGCUCAUAGUACUAGCAGAGUCGAAUGGAAAGUUCAAGGUACAAGUGGCAAGCAACAACUCAUCCAAGAUCAUUGGAUAUUCGCCAGACGAGCUUUUUGAGCUGGAUUCAUUUUGCGAUGUUUUGUCUACGUCACACAUCGAUAUCUUUCUCGACCAUGCCAACUUUGUCUUGGGUGAUGAGUAUGAAGUUGUGGAAAAUGGACCAGAGGUUUUCUUUUUGACCGUUUUGCUACGUGAACGGCUCAGCCAAAACGGGUGGUGUAAGAAGGUUUGGUGUACUAUGCAUACCAGCAAAGCAUAUAAGAACUAUGUCAUUUGCGAACUCCAACCCGCCAUGACCUCUGGCUCGACUACGAAAACAAGCCAAAGAGUGCAACAGCCAGAGAGACAGACUCAAACAUCGAAGGCAAGCUGUACAAAUCUUGCCCCUCUUGGAAAUUCUGGGAACGUUUAUAUCUCAAAGGAUAAUGUUCGCGCAACCGAUAUCAAAGUCACAGACUCCUCGGAGAUUCUCAACACUAUUCCUCGCAUUCUGCAACAGCUGGCAAGAUCUCAGACGUUAGAAACACUCGUCCAGAAUACCUUCGCCACCUUACAGGCUCUCACUCAGUUUUCACGAACUACUAUCUAUCAUUUCGAAUAUGAUCACAAAGGAACAGUGGUUGCCGAUGGUGUUGACUCUUCACUGGAACUGACCUCAUUUGAGGGCACCAGUUUUCCCGAGUCAACGUUUCCUGACCCGUUAAGAAAAAGAUAUAUGCGCAACACUGUUUGCCUCUCUUAUGCCAGGGUCGAUCACUCUGCAGAGCUUGUAUAUCGUGCCUCCACAAAUAAACAUGCACUUGAUAUGUCACAUACCUAUCUCGCUGCGGCACCAACAUCCUCAAGACCCAAUUCCGGUCCUCCUGUUAGAGCUUGUCUCUCAAUCGCAAUUAAUGUUUUUGGCAAGCUUUGGGGCUUGAUAUCAUGUCAGUCAUAUGAGGCAGACAAAACAUUGCACCCAAUCGUUCAGAAAGUCUGCUGGUUCAUGGCAGAAGCAGUUUCAAACAACAUCCAGCGGCUUUCUUCUACUCUCCCCAUUGUCUUGAAAAAACUCCCCAUGUCUUCGAGCGAUAAAGACAAUCUUCAAACUGCCGAUAGCCCGUCAGGAGAUCUGCUCAGUCUGUUCGGGGCGGACUAUGCUGCGGCAUCUAUCAUGGGAGAGAGCAAGAUACUUGGCAAAGCGACCGACUCGCAAGAGGUGCUGGCAGUGCUAGAGUACAUGAAGGCCAAAGAGAUUGAUACAGUCCUGUCAUCGACGAACAUUACAUCAGAUUUCCAGGACCUGAACUACUAUCGCGGCUUUCGUUGUAUAUCUGGUCUGCUGUUUGUUCCACUUUCAGCGGACGGACGUGACUUCAUCAUGUUCUUUCGGGCUGAGGGUCGUAAUAUGCCCCAUGGCUCUGACAAUGAGUCAGUAUGGUCUGCAGCAGAGUUCGAAAAGGCUUCCUCGUUGUCGUUGCUAUACCGAACCUUCAGUGAGAUCUGGCAAGAAAAGGAGGCAGCAAUGCAGAACAACCAGUUGAUGAGAUUACUGCUUGCCAACUCUGCGCACGAGUUUAGGACACCUCUCAACGCCAUUAUCAACUACUUGGAGAUUGCCCUUGAUGGAUCUCUCGAUCAGGAAACACGAGUUCACAUAUCUAGGUCUCACUCAGCUUCCAAGUCAUUGGUCUAUAUCAUCAAUGAUUUAUUGGAUUUGACGAACGCCGAGAAUGGAAAACAACUGAUAAAGGACGAGGUGUUGAAUCUUUCCGAAACCCUCACUGAGGCAACGGACAUAUUCUGGGAAGAGGCAAGACAAAAGCACGUCGACCUGCAGGUUGUACAACACGCUGCACUACCACCGGUACUCGGAGAUCAACGACGAGUGCGUCAAGUCAUCACCAAUCUGAUUAGCAAUGCUAUCCAGCACACUGCCUCUGGAGCACUUACCAUCGAGUCGUGCGUUGUUCCAGAAAGCGUCGACCCCGAUCAUAUUUCUGUCGAGGUUGCAAUCCAUGAUACCGGGUCUGGUAUGUCCCAAGAGACCGUUGAGACAUUGUUCUGCGAACUAGAACAAGUCUCCCACAAGGGCUAUAUGAAGACACCAAAGUCAUAUAGAUACACACCCAGCAGCACAUCAGUGGAAACCGAAAGCGUACUUGGUCUCGGUCUCGCACUCGUUGCUCGGAUAGUACGCAACAUGAAUGGACAACUAAGCCUAAGAUCUGAAGAAGGAAAGGGGAGUUGUUUCAAGAUCAGACUCAAGUUUCCGCUUCCAGCCGAAGAAUCCGACAAUCAGGCUUCGUCAUUUGUUUCCGAUGCUUCCCAGCCAAGACAAAAAGAACAAGAGAAGCAAGAAAUAUUGAACUUCUGUACAAUCAAACCGAAAGAUGGAAUACCAUGUGAAUGCGGCAUCACAUCUGAAUUCACAGAAGGAUCAGUAUUAGACGUCGACGUCAGCCCAAAGACCGGAGAGUCAAAGAAGCUCUCGCUGUCACGCGCAAAGUUGCAAACGAGCAAUGGGCUGCAGGAAGUACAUCGCAAGACCUCCCCUCUCCCAACGCCACCACAUUCCCCGGAGGUAUCAAAGCCGCCAGCCACCGCGUCACCAGGUGACCAACCCCAAAGCCUCGACCAGAACAACUCCAGCAUGGAGGCCACACUCCAUGUCCUGGUCGCCGAGGACGACCCGGUCAAUAGUACGAUCUUGCGAAAGCGUCUGGAGAAGUUCGGUCAUACAAUCGACAUGACAGCAAACGGCAAGGAAUGCGCCUCGGUCUACAAGAACAACCCUACACUUUACAAUGCUAUCCUGAUGGAUCUGCAGAUGCCUAUUGUGGACGGCCUAAGCGCCACGAAGAUGAUCCGUCAAUAUGAACAGGAGAUGGCAUCUUCUGGUCUGCCUGUGACUCGCGUUCCUAUCUUUGCUGUCUCGGCUUCUCUCCUGGAGAAGGACCGUGAGAGAUAUGUUCAGUCUGGGUUUGAUGGAUGGUUCAUGAAGCCGAUUGAUUUUCAACGCGUAAAUGUUUUGCUUGGGGGUGUGAGGAUUAAGUGGAUGCGCAAUGAGUGUGUUUAUCGGCCUGGCAUCUGGGAGCAAGGUGGUUGGUUCAACCGGAUUUAG